GCUAGUAAAUAUAAUGAAAAAAAAGAAAAGAAUCUGAAAGAUUCAAACAUUCUCCCCACUAAAAAAGAUUCAACAGAAUCUCGUGAAUCUCUCUAACCUUAAUCCUCUAUAAACUCUAAUCUCUCUCUCUGUAUCUCCUUCAUUUCUCAAAAGCAAAGAUUAUCAAAUCCUCUCUUAUACGUUGCAAAAAUGGCGGGGAGUCUCUCUUGUUCCGCCUCUGAUUUGAUUCCUUUACUAUCAGGUGGAGCCAACGCUACCGCCGCAGCAGCAGCAGCUGAAUACAUCUGCGGGAGAUUCGAUACAGUCGCCGGGAAAUUCACAGACGCGGCUUACGCCAUCGACAACACUUACCUCCUCUUCUCUGCUUACCUCGUUUUCGCCAUGCAGCUAGGGUUCGCCAUGCUCUGUGCUGGAUCUGUCCGCGCUAAAAACACCAUGAACAUCAUGCUCACCAACGUCAUCGACGCUGCGGCCGGAGGUCUCUUCUAUUACCUCUUCGGUUUCGCGUUCGCCUAUGGAUCUCCUUCUAAUGGAUUCAUCGGGAAACAUUUCUUCGGGAUGAAUGAUUUCCCUAAACCUUCUUUUGAUUAUCCUUAUUUUCUUUAUCAAUGGACGUUCGCGAUCGCUGCUGCUGGGAUCACGAGUGGUUCCAUCGCGGAGAGGACGCAGUUCGUUGCGUAUUUGAUCUAUUCGUCGUUUCUUACGGGUCUUGUUUACCCUAUUGUCUCGCAUUGGUUCUGGUCUUCUGAUGGUUGGGCUUCUCCGGCUAGAUCUGAGAACCUUUUGUUUCAAUCAGGUGUGAUUGAUUUCGCUGGAUCUGGUGUUGUUCAUAUGGUUGGAGGUAUUGCCGGUUUAUGGGGAGCUUACAUCGAAGGACCACGGAUUGGUAGGUUUGGUCAUUCGGGUAAACCGGUUACGUUGCGUGGUCAUAGCGCCACGUUGGUUGUUUUAGGAACGUUUCUGUUAUGGUUUGGAUGGUAUGGUUUCAACCCUGGCUCGUUCGCUACUAUUUUUAAAUCUUAUGGUGGGUCUCCGGGGAACUCGUUUUACGGACAAUGGAGCGCUGUUGGUAGAACUGCCGUGACGACUACGUUAGCUGGUUGCUCCGCGGCGCUGACGACUCUGUUUGGGAAAAGACUCAUAGAUGGGUAUUGGAACGUGACCGAUGUUUGUAACGGUUUGUUAGGCGGAUUCGCGGCUAUAACUAGCGGGUGUUCGGUUGUGGAGCCGUGGGCCGCGCUUAUAUGCGGGUUUGUAGCGGCUUGGGUGCUUAUGGGAUUCAAUAAGCUAGCUGAUAAGCUUGAAUUCGACGAUCCGUUAGAAGCGGCUCAGCUUCACGGUGGUUGUGGUGCGUGGGGGAUUAUAUUCACCGGAUUAUUCGCGGAGNACGAGUUCGAGCUUCGAUUCACAGAGGAAAAUCUCAAAACUUUCGCCGGGGAAGUCAAGGUUCCAUUUGAAAUCGAGUUACUAAGCAUCGAGCUUCUUCUAAACCUGGCUUAUUGGCCUCUAUCUCUCCGUUCAUCGGAAAAAGAAGCAAUUGCGAUGAAUCUUCCGAUAAACUCGGGUGUCUCCGGUUACCUCCCGUUGAUCCUCCGUUUCCUAAACAAAUCUCACCAAACGUCGUCGUUUGCUCAGACAGAGGUUGUGACCGUAACGGCGCGGUUUCCAAACGUUNAGAAAAGAUACGUUGCCGAGAUCUUUGGAGGUGAUCCGAACAGGCCUUACGGGUUGUUGAUGGGAGGAGGAGGUAGGUUGCUUGCGGCACACGUCGUUCAGAUUUUGGUGAUUACGGGUUGGGUUAGUUUAACGAUGGGAACUCUGUUUUUUAUUCUACAUAAACUGNCAGUACCACACCACUCUGCUUGA